UGAUUCAAAUAAAUGCUAAAAAAAACUUUCGUGUCACAUUAAUAAAAGAAAUUAACAAAAGCAUGAAAUUAAGUAGUAGCUGCGUAGAACAACAUCAACACGAGAAAUUAAUUAAUAUUAUUCCUUGACAAUGAGUUGGAAAGACGUCAAGAAUAAGAGUGAAAAACUUUUUAUAAAAUCUGUAUAGUGUUGCAGGAAGGAUUGGUAAUCUUAACAUGGGGAACUAUGAUAAAUACGUUAUCUCAACUUGGGAACUAUGUUGGUACAUUCUCAUUAUGAUUUUAGGUGUGCUUGGAAAUGUAUUCGUAUUAAUAGUUAGCUUUAGAAGUAAAAGUGUUUCCCGCUCGGCUCCAUUCAAUGUUUACGUCACAUCAUUAGCUUUGGUGGAUCUUUUGAUAUCUUUGCUGGUUGUUCCUAUGUAUGUUUUAUCCACUAAUCCUACCACAAGGCUAGUGAUGUAUUUUUUUACGUUUUGGUUUGCGCAUGCGUCGAUGUAUUUAUUAGUGGCGAUAUGUAUCGAAAGAAGAAAGGCUAUUUUGUACCCCUUCACAACUUUAAGGAAACAGACUUUCCCGAAAACAAUUCUGGUGGUGUUUUUCACGUUAUUUUUGGGUUUCUUGAAUGAAGUUCCAUUCAUAUAUGGUUUGUUUCACAAAACAGAAAAAGCUAUAAAAUUGACCUUGCACAUGGUUGCUUCCGCUUUGGAGAUAUUCAUUCCUUUAAUUGUUUUUAUUGUCACGUUUAUUCAAAUACAAAUCUGCUUAACGCAACAGGAAAAAGAUUUAAGCGAAUUUUUGAACAAUUAUAAACACGAAAAGACAUAUCGCAAAGUGAAAACUAGUAAACAAAUGCAAUCAAAAAAAUCUACCAUUCACACAAUGCAACUCGUCAUAUUAACUUUCUUCCUGUGUAUUUUGCCGAAUGAGCUGUUCUAUGUGCUACUGCAGUACUUUAACUUUACCGAAUUGGAAUGGGGAUCACCGGUAUAUCAAGUUGGUAUUCUUUUACGCCUCUCAAACUCUUGUUUGAAUCCAAUCGUUUACAGUUGUCGAAGCCAGUUGUUUCGAAAACAUUUCAAAGAAGUUUUUAAACCAUCUCAGAGUUGGAGUAGUGAGAACUUGAUAGAACGCAUGCGUAACACGAAUUUUAAUUAUUCAAGAUUAUCAUCAGCGUGAGCAGUAACAAUGCUAGAAAGGUGGUUUUGUAAAGAAAUGUUAUUAAACAGAGGACCUUCUUAAAAAUCCUAUACUUUUCAUACGAUUUUAUUUUAUCCUGUAAAGAAAGGUACUUUUACUCACGGUACAAUAUUAGUACAACAUUCAAAUGGUGCACGUCAGAUAGUUUUUACCUUCCAGCAUUUAAAAAAAAAUUAACUAUUGAUUUUUGGCUGGAGUUGAGUAUAGACCGAGAAUGUAAAAUCUAUUCGUUCUAGCAUGUUCGGAGUGAUAACUUUAUACCUCCAUGCUUUAUACAACCCCUUAAAAUUUUUCUUGCACCAGGGUGACCUGUGUUUUGAACUUUAUAGCAGCCAUAUUUGUUGUCUGUUUUUUGCUGUGACACUUCAACGACUAUUGACCACAAAAAAUUUUUAUCACGUCAUUCAACGCGUAUUUUUGUAAG